AUGAAAGCCACAGGGGAUGCAUUGGAUGGUUCGUUUCAUGUUUCACCCAGGAAGGAUACCUCAGUCAAAUCGAAUUUCAAAGAGGCAUGUACUCCUAAUGUCAAUGUGAACAUAUCUAAUAUGGACGCAAACAUCAAUUCUGGUGAACAACUAAUAACAUCACUCCCUAAGAAGACAAAUCUCACACCACCCGAAGUUUUGUAUUCCAAGUCCAAUAUGGAGGAGGACGAAACUUCAAACAUCAAUGCGAACUUGUCUAAUAAGGACACAAAUGUUACCAUGAGUGAUGGGAAUUCAACUUCAACCAUUGAUACUACAACUGUUCCACCACCACCACCACCUUCAUCACUACCAAAAACAUCUACCAUUCCACUUACAUCCAUACCAGAUGUUGAGCAAACUGUUAACGAAGAAGAAGGUAACGAUGAUGUUAUGGUUGCCUUUUCAGACUUGGAGUUCCAUCCAAAAGAAGAUGAUGUUCCUGAUAAUGUUAUUAUGUUGGGUAAACAAUUCAAAACUCUAAAUUCUAAGUUGAAUCUGAUUCUACAUUUUUUGAAUGAUAGUGUUGGGAAGUCAAGUGUUAGUGGGUUUGAGGUUAAUGUGUUGAUUCGAGCUACAACUCGUUUGGUGGAGGAUCUUACUGUUUUCAAUAAUGAUUACUCUGGAAAUUUGAAAUUAAAAAAUGAAGCAGAUGAAUCUCUCUCUACAAUGUUUUCCACUGUUGAGUCAAGCUUUAAUUAUGAAUUGGCUGUUAUAUCGGAUUUGGUCCUUCGUCUUCCAACUAAUGCUCCAUGUUCUGUGAAUGUGUCGCAAGGGAGAGAAAAAGGAGGGAUAAGUAUUGGAGAAGGAGGCUUGAUUUCUGUUGUGGUUAAGACUACAUCAACUGUUGAUUCCAAAGAUAGAUGGAAGGAUGUUCAAUUCGAGCCCUCAAUUGAAGAAAAUAAAAGGUUGCAAGAGAUUGAGUUGGAGAGGAUGAGGCAGUUGAAUAGAAUUAUGAGGCAGAGAAAAGAUUAUCCACCUGGUCUUAACAAAGGCGAUCCAAAAAAAGUUUGGAAUUGCAAAUUGAUUGAAAGUUCAACUUUUAGUGAAAAUGAAGACUUUAUGGUUAAGCCAAGGCAGAGUUAUGUAAUUGAGAAUAUAGAGUUUAGUCAACUGUAUUUCCCAGUUAGUUACUCGUUGAUUAUGUUUUCUCAAUUUAAACUUGUUGAGAAUUACCAGUAUAGGGAGAAACUUAAAAAUUUGAAGAUUCGAUUUCAUGCAGUAUUAGGAAAGAUUGAGGAAGAGUUAUGGUUAUUGGUGAAAAUCAUCAAGUUCCUAUCAGUUACUCCUGAUGUGAUAUUAGAAGGAGUGUUGCAGAACUUUUGUUACAAGGUGGUUCAUGCAAAUAAGAUGCUAUUUGAGUUAACAAUUUCAUAUUUUCCACUUAUGAAUGUGAAUGUGAAUGUUUCAACUGCAUUAUUGAUGGAUGAUCUUAAAAAUACUGAUAUUCCAGACAAAACUACUUAUGUUCUUAGAUAUGGGCAUCUCAAAACUUUUGUGGAUGCUUAUGUUGUGCAUUUGGCUCUGACAGAUAUUGAUCUCUCUACUCACUUCAAAAUAAGAUUGAAAGUUCCUAAGGCAUUGUUAAAAGAAAAAAUAAGCAUAAAGGAUUAUGAAGAUGGAGAUAUUGUUCAUGAUCCUCUUGGAGUUGUGUUCAUUGGAAAAGGGGAGAAGGAUAAUAUAAAAAAGUUUUAUUUCAUGUCGAUGAUGUUGAAAGAUACUCGAAUUCACAUUUUACUAGUAUCCUACUAUACAUCAACAAUUGUCAAUGAAACGAGAAUGAACACAGAGCAAAGAUUAGGAAGAUCAUCCGUUGGUAUGUAA